UGUGACCACUAUGGUUGAUUGCGAUUAUUCCACUGAAACAAAAGCAGAUGAAGCACAAUCUGCUACGCAUCCACUACCACCUGAAACACAAAAUUUAAUUUUAACAGUUACAGGACAAAUGGAAUUUACAAGUUCUCACUUACUGGAUCGUAUACCCCCAACAAGAACACCAAGUCCUGUAUCAGUGAGAGAUAUUCACUCCCCAAGUCCGACCCCUGAGCCAUAUUUGUUUGAAGAUAACACAAGCACAACGCAAACGGUCAAUAAACCUACACGUCCUCCACCUGUACGGCCUCCUCGUCCUGCACCGCCUCCCAGACCGCAACCACCGGUUCAAGCACCAGUUCAAACAGCUCCAGAUGACAUCAAUCUUUUUGAUGCUCCUGUACCUACCACCAUAAAACCAACAAAAGAAGCUAUAUUAAGUUUAUAUUCAGCACCUAAAAAGGAAGAAAAACAAAUUGAUUUUUUAAGUGAUGAUAUCCUCGAAUUAUCAAACGAAACGGACAUGCAACCUACGGAAGGUUUUGGACAACCUGCCAAAAAUUCUCAAACUUCAGAAGCGACUCACUUACUUUUCAAUGAUUCAGUUUCAUCUAUCUCAGAUAAUAUAAAUCAUUCGGAAGUUCAAAAGUCUUUAUUCGAAUCGGACAACAUAAAUCCUAACGAAGACACCAAUGUUGCAAUGGAUUGUACAGACCUAUCGGAAAAGAAUGUAAACGUCAGUGCUACAAAUACAUCCCCAUUUGCUGACAUGUCGGACACAAAUUUUCAAACACAACAAGGUGAAAAUGAGAAGAAUCCUUUUGAGUUAUCGGGAGUUAUUGACAAUAAUUCUCCAUUUGCUACUUCUGAUCUUAUGAAUUCUGAAAUACUGACUGAGCCUGCAGAUAUUGUGAUGACUUCUAGUCAUAAACAACUUAUAAAUGACGAGUUACACAUUGUAACUACAACUGAGCCCAAAAAGGCACCAGAACAACAGAUGAAUGAGGUAAAUGUCUUUGCCGCUAUGGCAACAGACGAUUUUGUUGAAAAAUCCAAUAUAUUUGCCUCAGUACCUCAAGAGACAACAUCUCACAAUGAUGAAAAUAUCUCAUCCAGCAACACAAACUGGGGCACAACUGAGAAGAUGGAAACCGCUUUUCCUGAAACUCAAGACGACUUUGACGCAUUUUCAGCUAAAUUUGAAUGCGCUGGAGGAAAUCAAAUGAACACAGACGCAUGGGGCGAUGACAGUAGUGCUGACCUUGCUCCAGGCGGUUUCGAAGCCGAAGCAUUUGAUUCGUUUUUAAGUAUGGACGCUCCACCGGCUCCAGCGGCUACCCCAAGAUUAGAUCACCAGGAAUCUAAAGAUUCUAUGGACGAUACAUUUUCGGUAUUUAUAAGACCCAAAGAAGGUGAAUUCAGUACAAACGAAGCUUCGGUGCCCGUUCUGGCUCCACCGCCAAGACCCCAGGUACUCCCAGAAUCACCACGAGCAAAUCCCUUCGAUAAGAAUGAAACUAUAGGAAUGCAACAAAGAAUCGAUUUUGAUGAAGCAGCCCAGAAACCUGAUGGUAGCGGUGCGGAGACACCUCCGACACCGCUCUUUGACGAGGACGUUUCGGUUCCGCUAGAGGACUUCCCUCGUACCAAGUAUGCGGGACCGGGUUGGGAGAUGCAUCUUCGGCAACCGAACAAGAAAAAGAUCACAGGACAAAGAUUCUGGAAAAAAGUCUUCGUCCGCCUUGCAAACCCGGGUGACAGUCCCGUGGUGCAACUGUUGAACUCAGCCACAGACAAGCAACCGCUGCAAGAACUGCCACUGCAGGCGUGCUACUCGGUGUCAGAAGUAGGCGCACAGCAAUUUGAUCAGUUCGGAAAAAUCUUCACUGUCAAGCUACAGUAUGUCUUCUACAAGGAGCGUCCGGGAGUGCGACCAGGCCAAGUAACGAAAGCGGAGCGUAUCACAAAUAAGCUGUCUCAGUUCGCUGCGUACGCCAUCCAGGGAGACUACCAAGGUGUCAAAGAGUUCGGCAGCGAUCUCCGCAAGCUGGGGCUGCCUGUAGAGCAUGCGCCGCAGGUUACACAACUGUUCAAGUUGGGAUCACUGGACUACGAGGCCGUGAAGCAAUUUUCGUGCUGCGUGGAGGAGGCCUUAUUCCGCUUGUCUGCCCAUCGAGACCGCGCCCUUACCUACAAGAUGGAGGAGGUACAGCUGACGGCGGUGGACGAACUUUACGUGGAGCAAGACGCGGAGGGUGCCGUGCUAAAGCAAAUAGCUCGAGUGCGACUCUUCUUCCUGGGUUUCCUUAGCGGUAUGCCAGACAUCGAGCUGGGGGUCAAUGACUUGAGACGACAAGGCAAAGAGGUUGUAGGCCGCCAUGACAUCAUCCCCGUAGCAACCGAGGAGUGGAUCCGUGUGGAGGACGUGGAAUUCCAUGCGUGCGUGCAGCCGCAGCAAUUCCAAGAUACGCAGAUCAUCAAGUUCAAGCCGCCGGACGCGUGCUACAUCGAGCUGAUGAGGUUUCGGGUGCGACCUCCUAAAAACCGCGAGCUGCCGCUGCAGCUCAAGGCCGUCUGGUGCGUCACCGGAAACAAGGUGGAACUGCGCGCGGACGUACUGGUGCCAGGGUUCGCGUCGCGCGCUCUCGGUCAAGUUCCAUGCGAGGACGUCGCUGCACGCUUUCCCAUUCCCGAGUGCUGGAUCUAUCUGUUCCGAGUAGAAAAACAUUUCCGAUACGGUUCUGUGAAGUCCGCCCACAGACGUACUGGUAAGAUCAAAGGCAUUGAGCGUUUCCUCGGCGCUGUGGACACACCUCAGGAAUCCCUCAUCGAGGUGACUUCGGGGCAGGCCAAGUAUGAACACCAGCACCGUGCCAUCGUGUGGCGUAUGCCUCGCUUGCCCAAAGAAGGACAAGGCGCAUACACGACCCAUAAUCUUGUGUGUCGUAUGGCUUUAACAUCGUACGAUCAAAUUCCGGCCGAACUGGCACGUUGGGCUUUCGUCGAGUUCACGAUGCCCGCGACUCAGGUCAGCCACAUGGUGGUACGAUCCGUGUCGCUCCAGGACCACGACGGGGACCCUCCCGAGAAGUACGUGCGUUACCUCGCGCGACACGAGUACAAGGUGGCCAUCGAGCGUACGACGGGUGCCCCGACGGCCGCAUAUGCGCUGGCGGCCGCCAAGGAUACCGCCCCCGCCUCCCCGGCCGCAGCCGCAGACCCCGCUCCGCCACAGGAACCCUCCUCGGACUCCGACUCCGACUAGACGACGAGCGACGUUUGUGACGAAAGAAGCGAAAAAAAUGUUAUUCAAUAAAAUCUUCAUCUUCCGAUCGCAGAAGGAACAUUGAACGUUGACUCGGUCUAGGACUACCGAGUCCUGUGAAUACUGCUAGUUCUCUCUUUGUAUCGUAGGCGUUCGAAGUGUUUAUUGAUCAGUAGAUUCGUUUCGUAGUUGUACUAUGUGAUAUCGUUGCAAGUCACUUACAGAUAUAGUCAUACGUGCCGACUCUGCUUGUAGUCGUAGGAGCUCCGAGGAGCUCGUCUCUCGGCGCUGGAUGCUGAUUAGCGCGACUUGUAUAUUAUUUUUUUCGGUAACGUACAUGAACAUACGUCAGUGUUUGAAAUCGCAAAAUUUAGUGAGAUGUAUUGUCAAAACGAGCACAUUGAGUAUUACAUAAUAAAUAUAUUAAUUAUUAGGUCGAGAGAGGUUUUGUACAUAAAUAAUAUUGAUAAGUAGUAUAUCGUACGCUAGGGACGAAGGCACCACCGUUUACUAGUAGACGCUGUAGAGCGCGCUGCCGCCGGAGCCUUACUCUUCGCGUUAUAUAUUAAUGUUCGAAUGUACUCAAACGCUUUGCUAUAUAAGUAUAUAAGCGCAUAUCGUAUCUAAACUGUUUAUAGUCUUAUUACUGUGUGUUUAGAGAAAAAUAUUUAUACACAUUAUUCUAUUACCUAUACUAUAUCCAAUAUAUAUGAUAAACUCUUAGAUCUUGAAAUUCUGAAUAUUUUAUGUUAACUCAAAUAUAUAAAUUAUAUUGGAAAUAUAAUCGAAUAAACGAAGGUCCAAUGAUAUAUUUACACAUAAUAUAUAUAUUAAUAAUACAUAGUUAACUAAAAACUCUACGACACAAAGCUCCUUGACGUUUACAGACGAUAUCUCCAUUCGUAUACUCGUAUAAGUUACAAUUCCACAACACCACUGUAUACUUCUUUGAGAUCACUUGAGUAACAAAGACUAUGAUGAAGUGUAGAAGUAAGACGCGCUGACCCGUCCGUCGUGGCGCAGUCGAUCCUUUAUACAUAACUCGCUAUUCGGAAAAUAAAAUUGUGAUUUACAUUGCUCCAAUCCUUACAUCUUGCUGUGAUCCAAUAUGUCCACCAGACCUGAAGUUAGUGGUCCUGGCCGCCUGCGGGUCUCGGACGUCACGGACACUUGUAGUCUAGAAGGAGCAUCUUUUUAUUUCUCAAUAUGAAGUAGAUCCUUAACUUCAUUAAAGUAUAUGUUCUAACAGGGCACGUCUUUAUUGUUUACUCCUAACUUUAUUCGACUUAUCGAAAUGUUUAAUGUAUGUGCGAGGACUUAUAAAGUUACGUGUAGAUUAUAUAAUAUAUAGUUAAACUGAAUAUGCAUGUUCUACUAUUGAUUGUUGUACCUACCGCGCUGUCACCGAUCGCUACGAUCUUAAGCCGUGUGGGGCCCGAAGCAGGGAGGCAUGAACUCCGUGGCGAGGCUCGAGGCCCCCGGACUCGCUCCACUCUAUAUAAACCGAGUGGACGAUCGUCGCUAGCCCUCCAUCAUCCGCGCCACUCCAUCCGCCGCCCGGGGACUGCUAUGUUAUGUUGUCAAUAAAAAGUGCAAUUGUGAA